GGAAUCUGCGGCGGCGGUAUCUGGGGCCUGGAGGGGAAGGGUCGUAAGAUCCCUGGAGAACUGGCAGCAAGAUGAAGGUGAAGAUGCUGAGUCGGAAUCCCGACCACUACGUUCGCGAAACCAAAUUGGACUUACACCGAGUUCCAAGAAACUAUGAUCCUACCUUACAUCCUUUUGAGGUCCCACGAGAAUAUAUAAGAGCUUUAAAUGCUACCAAACUGGAACGGGUGUUUGCAAAACCAUUCCUUGCCUCCCUGGAUGGUCACCGAGAUGGAGUCAAUUGCUUGGCAAAGAAUCCAAAGAGCCUGGCUACUGUCCUUUCUGGGGCAUGUGAUGGAGAGGUUAAAAUUUGGAACUUGACCAGACGAAAAUGUAUUCGUACGAUACAAGCACAUGAAGGUUUUGUACGAGGAAUAUGUACUCGCUUUUGUGGGACAUCUUUUUUUACUGUUGGUGAUGACAAAACUGUGAAGCAAUGGAAAAUGGAUGGACCAAGCUGUGGAGAAGAGGAGGAGCCAUUGCAUACAAUAUUAGGAAAGACAGUAUAUACAGGAAUUGAUCAUCACUGGAAAGAGGCUGUUUUUGCCACGUGUGGACAGCAAGUAGACAUUUGGGAUGAACAAAGAACCAAUCCUAUAUGUUCAAUGACUUGGGGAUUUGACAGUAUAAGCAGUGUUAAAUUUAACCCAAUUGAGACAUUUCUCUUGGGAAGUUGUGCUUCUGAUAGGAAUAUAGUACUGUAUGAUAUGAGACAAGCUACUCCUCUGAAAAAGGUCAUCUUAGAUAUGAGAACAAAUACAAUUUGCUGGAACCCUAUGGAAGCAUUCAUUUUUACUGCAGCAAACGAGGAUUACAACUUGUAUACUUUUGAUAUGCGUGCCCUGGACACUCCUGUAAUGGUGCAUAUGGAUCAUGUGUCUGCAGUGCUUGAUGUGGAUUACUCUCCCACUGGGAGAGAGUUUGUGUCAGCUAGUUUUGAUAAAUCUAUUUGAAUCUUUCCUGUGGACAAAAGUAGAAGCAGGGAAGUCUAUCACACAAAGAGAAUGCAGCAUGUUAUCUGUGUAAAAUGGACCGCUGACAGCAAGUGCAUUAUGUGUGGAUCUGAUGAAAUGAACAUUAGUCUAUGGAAAGCUAAUGCUUCUGAAAAGUUGGGUGUGCUUACAUCACGAGAAAAAGCAGCCACAGAUUAUAACCAGAAGUUAAAGGAGAAAUUUCAAUAUCAUCCUCAUAUAAAAUGUAUCUGUCGUCACCGACAUCUACCAAAAUCUAUCUACAGCCAGAUUCAGGAACAACGCAUCAUGAAAGAAGCUCGUCGACGAAAGGAACUGAAUCGUAUCAAACAUAGCAAGCCUGGAUCUGUGCAGAUGGUGUCAGAGGAGAAGAAACACAUAGUGGCAGUUGUGAAAUAAUAUUUGGUAUUCUUACUGAUACUAAUGUAUAAUUAUUUGUUACAUGUUGAUUUGUGAACUCUAUAAAUAAAAGUACUGCCCCUCUUAUAACAACAAA